AUGCUGCCAGAGCUGGUUGGUGUUAGUGGUGAGCAUAUGCCUGCUGCACUUCCAGAGCGUUCGUCCACGUUGCCCGAGUCCAGUCCUAAGCGUCAGAGGAUCAUGAACCUAGUGCACAACGAUGAGGUCGUCAAGUUCGAGGAUCUAGGCAUCGAAGAUGGUUCAGAGAGCGACGAGUCAGUCAGGUCACUAGAAGAUGAGAUGCCACAGUCUGUCCCUGACCAGAGCGUGUCAAGCACAACUGGUCAAAUCCCCAAUGAGCUGUGGCGACCUUUCAGUGAUCAUGAGCCAAUGCUGUCAGCAGAGGAACAGGCCCAUGUUGACAUGAUAGCUGAAUCAUUCGAACUUGAACGCCUUGUCCAGAUGGGAGUCCUUUUGCCUUUGGAUCCUGCUAGCACAAACCUUGAUGACUUCAGGUGGCUAUCGACGAAGAUGGUCAAGGGCUGGAGGAUCAAAGCUGCGCCAGAAGGCCAAGGACAGGCCUUUCUCCGACGGGCUAGGUUUGUCGCGAGAGAUUUUAAGUGGAUGACCAAUAUGGCCGGCAGCGAUAUCUUUGCACCAGCUAGUGCCAGCGUUCUCUGGAAACUGCUGCCUGCAGUGCUUGUGACAAAGCAGAAACAAGGAGAGCCCUGGGAGGCUCUAGCGCUAGAUAUCACAGAUGCAUAUCUGACAGUGCCACAGCGUGUCAAGACAGUGGUGUCGGUUGAUGUUGGAACCGAACGAAAGUACUACCAGCUCUUGCGGAAUCUCCCGGGGCAGCGGCCAGGGGCGAAGGACUGGUUCGACUCUUUCCAAGAACAUCUCUCCCAAGGCCUCUCCAUCGAGCCUCUCAUCGAGGCACCUGCGCUUUUCAGGAUCCCAGCGCCAGCUGAGUCAGAUGGCGGGGCAGAUGAAACUGGAGGCGGACUAUGUCAUGUAGAUGAUGUGUUUGCGGUGGGACACAGUGCAUGUCUGGACCGCUUGGAAGCAUGCAUCCGAGGAAAGUACCGAUGUACUGUUCAUCGCCUGAAGGGCAUUGGUCAAGAGGUUGAGUUUCUGAAGCGGCGGCAUGUUUGGCUGGCUCAGGGUGUCCUGGGCAUAUACCCGAACCCUAAACACGUGACCACGUUGGCAACAAUGCUUGGAGUGGUGAGCCAGAAACCGAAGGAGACUCCUCUACCCGUUGGGGGCACACUGCCGCUCUGGAGCAAGCUCGAGCCGCUUGACCAAACAUCCUCAGCCCUAUAUCGCAAAGCCAUUGGCAUCCUUCUCUACGUGGCGCCGGAUCUGCCGUUUGCACAGUUCGCAGUGAAAACACUCUCAAGCGUGUGUGGGAAGCCGAACAAGGGAGCGUGGCAGUGCUUGAGGCACCUUGCCAACUACCUUUACAACCAUGCCGAUUACGUGUUCUGUGACUCCGAUUGGAGUGGAAACAAGUCCACUCGUCGGAGCACGUCAGCCGGAUGCUUGAUGUUGAAUGGUGCUCCGGUGUACUCCUUCUCUAGAUCGCAGGCAUGCGUUGCGCUUUCUAGCGGGGAAGCUGAGUACAUUGCCAUGGUGUCUGGAACCUGCGACGCGAUCCUGAUUGAGACGGCCUUGAGGCACGUAAUGGGAGAACCAUUGGAGACCCACAUCUUCACUGACUCCAGUGCGGCGCGAGGAAUAGUCUCGCGGAAGGGAUGUGGACGGCUUCGGCAUGUUGAAGGACGCAUGCUGUGGUUGCAGGACCACAUACGUUUGCACCGCAAGGCAACGUUGCACGCGAUUGGCACUACGAUCAAUCCUGCUGAUUUGAUGACAAAGGCGUUGUCAUCAAGCAGAACCAAAUUCCUGUGUCAUUGCUUUGGCAUCAGAUCAGAAGCCGAGGGUUUCGAUCGAGUAGGAGCUGCUGAGUUCCGUGAACAUCAGCGACAGCAGGAGGUGAAGCAGUUCAUGCGUGUCACGCGACGUUUGAACCAGGGUCAUGGUGAUGCCUUGAAGGUGAUUGCACUUGCAAGUGGUGUCGAGUGGGGCUACGGAAGGAUAGUGGGUUUUGCCACAACUCCAGAGAACCACCAGCCACUUGGCCGAGUCGAUGCUCAUGAUGACUCUGACGAUGGAUCGUCAGAAGCAACCGUGCAGCCUGAUGAGGAGCCUGAAGACCUUGAUGAUGCUCAUGAAGCGAUGCUUCCUGCGUUGCAGGACCUCGAGCCACCAGCAGCGAUUGUGCCAGCAAAUCCUGUCCAGACAUGGAUGCACCGUGAACUUGGACCAGAUGACAUUCUUCAAGUCAGACGGGAAGCACCGGUUUGGUUCGCACCGCGCCGUGGGACAAGAUUCCACAUGAGAUAUGACUGUGAUGGUGUGCGGAAUGCAAGGAUCGUUCAGAUGACGCUGUAUGGUGACUUGCGAGAUGAGCACCCAGGAAGGUUCGGCCUCUGCGUACUGUGCCAAGCCUGGGUGCGACACCUGGCGCAUUUGGGGAACAUUCCACGAUUGACCACCAUGUUCACAUUCAUCACUGUGACCAAUCAAGAUCAGGGGCAGGUUCAUCCGCAACUGCAAAUCCUGCCUGAGCCUGAAGGACACGAUGACACUUGA